GUCUUUGAACUAGAGAUAUUUCUUUAUUUCAAGCACAAGACAAUUAACUUACUACUUUAAUGAUGCUUGGCAUGAAAUUGAGUUCUGGAACUUCUUUCCUGGCCACGGGCUGUGUGAUUAUGAACAUUGCAAUUAUAGGUUUACUGUUUCAAUAUAUUGCAACUCAAGUAAUAGCACAAGACGAUGAAAUCAAGAGUGUAAAUGAAACUGUUGAAAUCAAGAGUGUAAAUGAAACUGUGCCAAAGUUCGGGAGGGUUAUUACUCCCAAAAAUUUGACCUUCAAAUGCAUAAAGGCACAGAAAAAUUUUGAUACAAAUAAGAUUCUUGGUCUAUGGAGAGUUAAGCAGUUAAUUGAGCACGGUGAAAGCGGCGAUGUCUUGACAACAUACUUGAAACCAAGAAUAAAGCAUGAGUCUUGUGCUAAUGUUCUCUUUGCCACUGAUGGCGAUCAAACGAUCCGAAUGCUAUGGAUCGAGAAAUCCACUGGUGUUGGAUCCAAAAAACGAGAUGAUUCCAAAUACGUUCAGUUUGAUCUUCGUAUGAGUAACAUACAAAAUCCUGGAUUCUUGUUGUGUGUUGGAUGGCAGACUGGUACUUUGGUGGAUGACAAUUACAAACAAUUCUACGGCACAGUGUUGGUUAUGAAGUCCAACAAGUCUCUUCUAGUACUGACAUUUUGCUCUUCCGAAGAAAAACAUUUUACCGUUAUCAUGGCCCGACACUUCCUCACUAAGAAAGAGAAACACGAAGUAUAUAAUCAGCUACAAGGGGUCAACUUGCAACUGCAUCAAUUCUCAGAUUAUUGCAGCUCAGCAUUCCAUGUUUCUUCCCUUACACUGAUGUUGGUUGUAGCUGCCUCCUUUCCAAUUUGGCUGUCUUAAAUAUUUGGAUCCAUUUCCAACAGUUUUAUAAACAGUUAAACAAUAUUGUGUCAAGAGUCAUGUAAAAAGAAAGUUUCAAUUAAAUGUUUAUUUAUAA